AUGUGGUCGCACGUGACGCGUCACGUGACAUUUCCACCGAGUGCUCACUCGCUAUAUAUCGAACCGGUAUUUACCAUUUGUAAAUCAGUCACAAAAUCCAUGGACCAGUACGGCGAGAUCCAUCGAAUUUUGGUCACGUAUGUCCGCGCCGUCCGCACGGUUCCGGCAGACGUGUUGACGCGAAAGGCCGAGAUCCUCGGCGCCAAAUUCGGGCUCGAAACGGAACCGCAAGUGCUCUUGCGAGACCUCAUCUCCACCAUAAACGUCAACAUCGAAAAGUUGGGCUUCAAAAUCGAUGUGGUGCGUGACCAGGACACCAGUGUGGUGCGCUAUGUCUUUGUCAACACUCGAUUUGACGAGUUUAUCCAAGGGUGUACCGCUUACACGCCUGCGGAGCUAGACGCCAUCAAACACCUUAUAGAUAGCAUUGUAGAGUCGCGCGAGUAUGCGUAUAGUGUUCUGUAUGCCAUGGCGAAACAGCAGACCACCGCUGUGUUGAAGCAACGGACCAGCGAUGCGGUAGUGCUCUUGAGACGGCUUGUAGAGGAUGGCUGGUUCGAAAUGACGGAUCUGGACCGCAUGGUGCUCUCGCUGUUGUGUCUUGCCGAGUUGCGCACGUAUCUAGAUGACAAGUACGGGGUUUUGACGGACUCCGACGCCCAGGGGAAGCUUUUGCGGUGCAAUGUCUGUGAAGAGUUGGCGACCAUGGGCCGGAAAUGUCGCGGGUGUCAUGUGGCUUUCCAUCACAAGUGUUACACUGUUUAUGAGCGCGGUCAUGACCAGUGUCCGAAUGGACAAUGUAGGGAAAGCAUACGGGAGACGGUUGUGGUUGGACCCAACUAA